AUUCACAGAUAUGAACGCUGUAGUCGGUAUAAAUUGACUGCGCUUAAGCUUAACGAACUUAGUGUUCUGAGCUCACAUAAACACACAAACAUGUAUUUUGCGUGCUUUCUACUGAUCGGCUUCGUGGUUUCUCACACACAUGCAGCUGUAACAUUUGAUAUUUCCAAUAAAGAACCUGGACCAAUCUGGGUGGGAAUCCAAGGCAAUUCAGGCCAACAAAACUUGAACAAUGGUGGAUUUGUUCUUCAGCAAGGAGAGACGAAAACAUUAUCGGCUCCAGACAAUUGGGCUGGAAGAUUCUGGCCUAGAACCUGGUGCGAUGCAGGUACCCAACAUUGUCAAACUGGAGAUUGUGGCAACAAGAUCGAGUGCCAGGGGGCUGGAGGUGUGCCUCCGGUCACUCUGAUCGAAAUCACUCUAAAGGGCUAUCAAGGUCUGGACUACUACGACGUGUCCUUGGUGGAUGGUUUCAAUCUCAAAGGUUUCAUCGAGCCCGUUAACGGACAAGGCACAAACCAGGAAUACAGCUGCACCAGGGUGGCGUGUUUGGGGAACAUUAACGAGAAGUGUCCUGAUGAACUGAAAGUGAAUUACGCCGGACAGACUAUUGCUUGUAACUCCGCUUGCAACAAGUUCAACACCGACCAGUACUGCUGCAGAGGUGCUUACGAUCGUCCGGAAACGUGCAGAAGUUCCGACUGGCCGAAGAACUAUCCUCAAUUCUUCAAGGACCAAUGCCCUCAGGCUUACAGCUAUGCCUACGACGACAAGAAAAGCACCUUCACUUGCAAAGCUAACCAUUACCGAAUUCAAUUUGGCGCCAGUUUUUGAGGAUUUGAACUCUUUUUGGCAUGCAUCAUUUUACUAGUGGAACAUUAAGGCAAACUCUUUAACCAGACUGUUGGGAUAACAACGAAAAUAAAUGUGAGAAAACCAA